UUUUCUUCGAGAUGUAACUGGUUAAAGUACUGAACCGAUUCCUGAGUCAGAGAUUUUUCUUCACUUCAUUUUCUCAGACUGACUUAAAAUAAACAAAAUUUAAAAUGUCAUGGGACACGCAGCUUUUUCAAGGUGCCCCUGAGCAAGGCAGUGACUUCUCCAGCUGCAGCAGAAAGAACCGGAUUACAGCUCAGCAUGAUCAUGGAUGCAAAGCAGGUACAAGCAGCGGGAACAUCAGCCGGAUAGCAGCAGAGAAAACGUCCCCAGAACGUCUCAAAAAACCCGCAACGUGUAACGCGCUACACGGAAGAAAAGAGGAAUCUGACUCCGUCAGCGGUGCUGCAGAUGGACUAACGCAGACUCAGCUCCCGCCUCCACCCUCCCCUCCACCCUCCAUCCAUCUCUCGCUCCUCACGGUCGCCACAUUCAACCAUCGCCGGCUGCGUCUCUUCCCGCAGAAAUUCCCAGAUUUCCUACAGCAGCGCUGCGGUAUUCCCGGGAUGAAACUGCGGGUUUUCCCGGCGGGUCGGGCCAGGAUCAUGGAUCUCUGGCUGAUCUUCGCCUUCCUCGGUCUGUGUUCAGCCAUCGGGCCCAGUAAACAGGAGGAGGAGGACUACGAGGAUGUGCCCAUCAAUAAGACCUGGGUCUUAUCUCCGAAGGUCUACGAGAGCGACGUGACUCUCAUCCUGAACAAACUGCUGCAGGGUUACGACAACAAGUUACGACCCGACAUUGGAGUGAGGCCAACAGUGAUUGAAACAGCUGUGUAUGUUAACAGCAUCGGACCAGUGGACCCCAUCAACAUGGAAUACACCAUUGACAUCUUCUUUGCUCAGACGUGGUACGAUAGCCGACUCAAGUUCAACAGCACAAUGAAACUGCUCAUGCUCAACAGUAACAUGGUAGGCAAAAUCUGGAUUCCCGACACCUUCUUUAGGAAUUCCCGAAAAUCAGACGCUCACUGGAUCACAACUCCCAACCGUCUCCUGAGGCUGUGGGGAAACGGUAGAGUCAUGUACACGCUGAGGUUGACUAUUAACGCGGAGUGUUACCUUAAGCUGCAUAACUUUCCAAUGGAUGAGCACUCGUGUCCGCUGGAGUUUUCAAGCUAUGGUUAUCCUAAGAACGAGAUCAUGUAUCGGUGGCAGAGACGAGCAGUGGAGGUGGCCGACCAGCGCUACUGGAGACUCUACCAGUUUGCGUUUGUAGGGAUGAGGAACACCUCGGAUGUGGCACACACACAGUCAGGAGAAUAUGUGAUCUUGACCAUCUUUUUUGACCUGAGUCGGAGGAUGGGCUACUUCACCAUCCAGACCUACAUUCCCUGCAGCAUGAUCGUGGUCUUGUCCUGGGUCUCCUUCUGGAUUAAUAAGGAUGCCGUCCCAGCUCGUACAUCUCUAGGCAUCACUACCGUGCUCACCAUGACAACCCUGAGCACCAUCUCCAGGAAGUCGCUGCCAAAGGUUUCUUACAUCACCGCCAUGGAUCUGUUUGUCUCUGUCUGCUUCAUCUUCACCUUUGCUGCUCUCAUGGAGUACGGCACUCUGCACUACUUCACCAGCAACCGGCAGUCCAAGAAGACCAAAACCAACGUUGCCGUGCAGCAGAAGGUUCCCAGCAUGGUGAACAUCCGGCCCGGCACGUCCCUGCUGCAGAUGAACAACAUCGCUCCCUACCAUGAAGAGGACGACUUCGCUUAUGAGUGCUUGGACGGAAAAGAUUGCGCCAGCUUCUUCUGCUGCUUCGACGACUGCCGUUCGGGGGCUUGGCGCGAGAACAGGAUGCACGUUCGAGUUUCCAAGAUCGAUUCUUACUCACGAAUAUUCUUCCCCACUGCUUUUGGCCUUUUCAACCUAGUUUAUUGGAUAGGUUAUCUGUAUUUAUAAAAGCUUAUAAAACAAACUGCUGGAGUUUGACGUCUGCAAACAUUCACAUGAACGAAGCUGAACCACCUUCAGUUUGCUGCAGAAAGACCUGACGCAGCAAAAGCUGUUUGCACACAUUAAAUUCCAGCCUGCAUACAGGAUAUAUCGCCAUGACAACCCAGAUGUUUUUUUACUCUUUGCCACCGUGCUAUUGAUGUGGUCAAUGUGCAGGAAGGAUGGAACUGGAACAUGGAGAAGAUCUAAACUCUAAACAGAGAAAACUGAAUAUUUAAAGAAGCUGCAGGAACUUUGUGUCACCCUCACACAAACAGGAUUCUUUAAACACCCGAUGACUUUCGUUUCCUCCGUUAGCAUCUGUCUGUGAGGUCAAACUGCUUAGAAACUGCAGCAUUAAAAGGUUUUAACUUUUGUCCAAACGUACGCGGUCAGGAUCUAACGGUUGGCUUUAUACUUUGGUGUGACUCUUCAUACCGAUGAAGGGAAGCCGUCACCGAUGCAGCAUCUCAUUUUCAGCUGGGAAUUCAAAGUUCCUGCCGGAAUCUUAUGUGUAUGAUAAGCACUGGAAAUAAACCCAAAUUGGGAUGUCUCAGUCUUACUGGCGGCCGUCUGUGAGCUGGGUCCUCAUUUCGUCCAUGCUUGACUUCAACUUUGCCCUCAUAAAAAAAACAGAUCGUUCCUUUAGAAAU